UGAACUUGGUUGGUUGGUCCUCGCGCGCGCGUUAACGACCUGAACACAGAACAAUCAAACCACUCCGGCGGUGGAGCAAGAAAGAAGGUGUUGUGUUGUGUUCUUUUUGUGCUUUUCUUGCUCGGAUUUUCGAAACUCUCAGUCAGUCAGUCAGUCGAGUCAGUGAUUGUAGUGGUGGUGCUGGAUUCGGUCCCGUCGUCAUCAUACACGCAGCAGCCACCGAGAAGAAGAGGCUCGCAGCAUCCAAGCUCCGGAGCUUGAAGAUAAUUUCCAGUUUUUAUUCGUCCGGUCCGGCCUGUUGUUAUUGUUAUUGUACCAAUCCAAUCAACACACGCCGUUCGGGCUCUGGUAUUUGUGCGUUCCUGUGGGCUCCGGCUUGUGUACGCUCUUUGCAGAAGAAUAGUGCAUGGAUUCUUGCUUUGGCGGUGGCUGGUGGGCUCGAAAAUAGUUUACGUGAUGAUGAUGAAGAACAACGUUCAGCAAGCGUAGUAUUGCUGAGAGAGAAAGAGCGGCGGUCCCGAGAUUUGACCAAUAAUUUACAGUUAUAUAGUUGAAGGAACAACCUCGUCGAAGAAAUUGGAUUAACCUUCGCUCGGGCACAUACACACAGCUCUCACGGCGGCGGUGGGCCGUGCACACAGUGUGAGAAUGAGCCGCAGAAGGGAAUGAAAAAGAUCGAUUCCAAGUUUUUGUCGUGUUUCACAUCCAGGGCCAGGAGGGUGAAACCAGGAAAACAAGUUCGCCGCUCCACAUAAUAACUGAGUUGUAGCGAGCACCGGGGAAGGAAGUAGUGUUCUUUGUUUUUGUUUUGACGAUUCGCGUCAGGUUCAAGAAGAGGUCGCGCCCGCAAAGAUACAAAACAAACGUCACACGGUGACAGAGAGAUCGAGAGAUCGCAGACGAGUUAUCGAGGGGAGGACGGCGAGCAGCAGCAGGCAUCAAAGCUGUGUUUGUGGCGAGAGGUGAAAUGUGAAAGGCGAAAAUGUCAAGUGUGCCAAGGCAAAAGUGAAAAGAGAAGAUCCCGUGAAGCAUAUUACUCGUUCUUUCGUAUUUUUGCAUGCUCGUUCCGAAUCUCAGUCUUAUCAAGAAUUCCCUUUGAAAGGCGGCAGCAUCCAGAGUUGUAUGCUGGUUUUUUUUUGGAAGAGAAGAAAGGAGCGAGAUUUGUUUUCUUUUUCAUUCACGUAUGUGUGUUUGUAUUUUCGUUUCGUUUGAUUUAUAAAUCCCCCCAAUUUCGUUUCGUUUUCGUUUUCGGAACCACAGUGAACCGAGAAGCGCCCGGCACUAUAUAAAUAAAAAUAAAAAAAAUAAAGAGGAAAAAUAUAAUCUUUACGGCAAGAGUAAAUCGAAGUGAUUUCUUUUCAAAAGAGCUCUGUUUGUCCCGUUUUUUGUUUUGUUUCGCUUGCAAAGUUUGUCAUUCGCGAGGGGCAAGAAGAAGCGAAAUCGAAUGUAAUUUUCAAAGUGAUUAAGGAUUAUACCCGGAGAAAAGGUAUACAGUGAAGAAGAAGAAGAAUCUGAAGAAGGAAGCGUCGUUCCCCUUAAAAAAGGUGUGGUGCCCAGGUGAGGCAGAGGAAGGUGUACGCGUGAAAGUAUAAAUCGAUUUUCUGUUUGUGUAUUUACUUGAAAUUUCCGGAACGAAGAAACUGCAUUCUUUUCCCCAACGGCCGGCGAGAGCAGCGAAGCAGAAGGACAAUUUCAACGACGACGUUGACAACGAGCCGGAGACGCAGCAGUCGAAGAGCAUUAAAAUUGCAGCGCCAUCAAACAGCGUGACGUACGGGGGGCAAUUUGGGCGGCGAACCUCAAACAAACAACGAACGGUUUAUGACUCUCGGAGGCCCCGGCCACAAAAAGCGAGAAGCGAGUUGAUACGAUACGAAAUGUAAACAACGAAACCCUCCCGGAGGAACCGCAGGACCACAGUAAUAAAGUUUCUUUUUCUGUCUCUCCGCGAAGAAAAUAAUACAAGAAGCAAAACGAAGCGAGUCAGCCACCUCACGAUAUAGGUAGAGGAGUAACAAAAAGAGUAGAAAAGUUUAAUGUGGUACCACCGGGGGCAGCAUGUAGCGCCCAGCAAUGAAUGACCAUCGACGGGGGCGGUGGCGAGGUACAGUUUUAAUUAGUCGUUAACUUUUUGCAUCAAGAACGAAGAAGAACCAACCGAGAGCGAAGUAAUCGACGUUUUUCGGGGGAAGAAUCGCGCGCCGUUUGACGUUUUGACGGUGGUGAGUGCGUACUGUGAGAAGUGGCAGGAAGAUGGCAGUCAGCAACAUCGUUUGCGAGUGGCUGCGUGCUCUGGGGCUCGGGCAGUACGCCGAGAGUUUCCUGGACAAUGGGUACGAUGAUUUGGAAAUUUGCAAACAAGUCGGCGAUCCGGAUCUGGACGCCAUUGGGGUUCAGAAUCCGCAGCAUCGGAGCAAGCUGCUGAAGAGUGUGCGGCUGCUGAGGGAGAAGGGCGCAGCCAGUGUGUAUUUUCAGCUGAACGAUCCCAAAUCGCUGCUGUCGGAUAACAGUGACAGCCUGGAGCGGGACAGUUCGCCGCUGAUGCUGAGCGAGCUGGAGGCGCUGCUGCAGGAACAGCUGAAGGCGGACGGAGUCUGCUUGACGGCGCAUCCCUACUCGACACCGGACGGCGGUCGGGGGCAUCUGGAGGGUCUGGCGUCCGUCUAUUGCGAGAUGCUGAUGGCUCCCUUUGGCGAAGUGCUGACGGCCCUGGAGGACGCCCGGUUGCGAGCCUGGUCCGAGCGGAGUCCCCACAGUUCUUCCGGUGGAAGUGGAGUGCAUCGGGCUGGCCAUCGGGGGAACUCAUGCCACGGUGGUCUUCCCAACAGCCACAGCCAGCCGAUCUACGUGCCCGGAAAGUACUCGCCGUCCAGUUGUCUGUCGGACAAGGAGGAAGACGAAAUUUAUGGCUUCGGCUAUGGCGUCUUUGCCCCGAGGGUUGCCAGGGCGAAUCUGCAGCAACAGCAGCAUCAGCAACAACAACAGCAGCAGCAACAGCAACAACAGCAACAAUCUCAGCAACAACAACAAUCACAAAAUUCCACCAAUGUACCUGCGAACAGUGCUGCCGCACAGCAAAGCUGUCUCAGUCCACGUUCGGCGUAUUUCUACGAAUUUCCACCUACAGACGGUCGCGAGACGAGCAAAAAGCGCACGACGCUGGCGCGACUUUUGAGAGGAUUAAAGACUGUUAAUAGACGUGAUAGAUCAAAUCAAAACAACGGCACCGGCACCAACAAUGGCACCGGGAGCAACGCCGCCGGAUCAGCGACGCAGGCACGGCUGCAAAACGAAAGACUGAGACAUUUUCAAAUGAACGGCGGUGGACCGCAGCCAAGUUUCGAAGAAACCAUCCAGAGGCUGAAAAUUCAAGAAGCACUUAGGAAAAAGGAAAAGUUUCAGCGGGAGCACGAAGAGAUCCUUCGAGACAUCCGCCAGGGACUGCUACAGUUGAACCGAGACUCUCGAGACGACACCUACAUGUACGACGACGCCGUCACCAGCGUAAUGCGGAUGCCCCACCAAGGCCACUGGUACGACGAACCUCCCUACGAAAGCGAUCCGGAUGAUUUUCUCAUGUCCGGAAUACGCCAUGCGGGACCAUCCGCAACGAUACAAGGCGGUCGAGUUUGCUACACGUCGAACGGUCGCGAAGGACAAGGAGUGAUAUCGUUGCGAUCCGCCGGUGACAUAUCCAUUCCCCAACGAGGCCCCAUCCGACGAGGGCUGAUUGUGCCGCAGCAGCCACCAAACCCACCGACCAUCAUCCCGCUCAAACAUGCGAGAUCCCACGACCGGGAAAGUGGAGACUACGCCGGAUCGAUAUCGGAUCUGCACAGUGUUACCUCACGCCUCAGCCAGGUUUCGAUUGGCACAAAUAAUUGCACUGCCCGCUAUCGCACACUCAGUGGUGGCCUGGGAGAUGAAUCGCCCUCGCCAUCGCCGACGCCGUCCUCCGAGUACGACGACAUCCUGCUGCAAAAGCAACUGGCAGCGGCACACCAGCAUCAGCACCAACUGCAAGUCGGGGACCAUCACUUACACCAGCAGCAGCAGCACCAUCAGAAUGGGGGCAGUGGAGGGAGCUCCGGGAUCGGCAGCCAAAGCGGUCAAAGCGGGACCCUCGGGACGCUCGGCUCCGGGAGUAAUGGCUCCGGGGGAAUCGGAAGCGGCGGAAGUGGAAGUGGAGGAGGAGGAGGAGGAGGAGGACUGGGAGUCGGUGGUGGCAGCGGUAGUACAAAGAAUGGAGUCAACAAUCUCAAGAACCUGAAGGCAGCCAAGAAUCGGAACAAUCUAUCAUCGUCGCUGGCGGCAGUGGCGUCGCACAAUAAAAAUUUAACGAUAAGUCAACAAAUAGCUUUAGUACAUCAUUCCAAUGACGCUAGGACAUCACCAAAGGACCAUCUGCUGAACGCCGGCAGCCGAAAUAAUAGAGAUUACAGCAACUGCCUCGAUAGCAUCAGUGACCAGACCACGUUCCAGCACUCGGCCAGCUCCGUCGAGAGCCUUCCCAGUGCAUCGGGAUCAAGCACACAAGCCCUGGUCCGGCCGGGCAGUCCGCACAGUUCGCUCUCGGCGGAAGACCGAACCACGAUGGUUCCCAUUUGCCGGGCGAUAGCCCUAAUUGACAGUAAUCCGAACCCGUACGAUAAGGAAGCUUUAAGGUUUAAGAAAGGCGACAUCAUCGAUGUCCUAUCGAUGAAUGCAUCCGGUGUGUGGCGAGGCUACGCGAACGGCCGGUUAGGACAUUUCAAAUUCAUCAGCGUGGAAGUGCUGCCCGAUCUUCCGGUACAACCGUACAGCACCGGGAAGCUAAUCAGCCGGAAUAGACUGCCGACGAGUUGUCCCACCAGCGUGGAAGAGCUGCUGCUGCGGAUAGGUCUGAAGGAGUACACUUCCGUGUUUGUGCUUAAUGGUUACGAAGAUUUGGAGUUAUUCAAAGAGCUGGAACCGUCCGAUCUAGACUACCUUGGAAUUGGAAAUACGGAGCAUCGUGCCAAAAUACUAGCGGCAGUGCAACUGUUGCAUGACCUCGAUUCAACGUCGGACGGUGAAGUGGCCGGUUCGAGUUCGGAGAACGACGAGGGCCUUCGGUUGGGUCACAUCAAGGGCCAACAGAACCACCACCAUCAGACGUCUCCUUUUGGUCGGCGGCACUUCCCUCGCGAUUCGGGCUGUUACGAGGGAUCCCCGGUGCCAACUUCACAGCAAAAUCACCACCACCUGCACAGUCACACCAACAGCAACAGCAACAGCAGCAGCAGUAACCAAGGUGGCCAGAACAGCUCAUCGGAUAACGACACGAACAACCUGGAUUCGGUGGUGGCACAGUGCUCGAACGAGAUUCUGAAACGGGUCGAAGGCGCGAGGCGGUUCAAGACGACGGACAGUGGGAACGGUGGGGUGAAGACGAUGAACCGGGCAACGAAGAAGGGUGGACUGUUGGGGGGAGGAGGAAACGGUGGAAGCGUCGUCGGCGGGGAUGAUAUGACGAUAAGGAGCAGUGGCGGAAGUGGAGGGGGUGGCGCGUUGAGUGAGAAGUCAAGUGAUUCAGGGGUGAGCAGCAGCAGUUUGUCCUCGGGACCGAUCAAGAACAACCUUUAGCGGAGUUUACUGCUGGCGGGCGAUGGAUGAGUGGGUGCGUGGAGAAGGUUCGGCGAGGAUGAAGAGCUGGAGUUGGAGGAAGAGGAAGCGGAGGUGGAGGAGCAGGAGCAAUAGUAGAAGGAGGCCUAUCGGUAGGUAGCACGGGGGCUAGAUUUUAAGGCAUUUUUUUUUAUCUAUUAAGCACACUGCCAAAUAAUGUGACGAAAAGAAAUAGAUUUACGGCUUUGAUUUGAUUGCAUUUGUGUUGGGGAUCGA